AUGGACAGUAGCAAUCACACCACCAACUCCACAGGUGCAGCUCUAUACAUCUACUUCCCGUCUCUCCUCAUCGUACCCCCUCUUGGCAUCCCCGCCAACGCCUUCGUCUUGCGCCUCCUGCUGGGCAAGGCUGGCAUCUGCUCCACCUCCGAGGUCUUCGUCGCCAGUCAAGCCAUCAUGGAUCUCGUGUUCUGCGUGAGUCUCUGCUGCGAGAUGGCGUAUAGCUUCGUCGCGGGCGUGUACGAGCGCCCGGUGUGCUUGGUCUUCAACCAGUUCGGAGGCCCUCUGCACCUGACGUGCUUGUGUUUGGACAGCUUCCUGGGGGUCGUGCACCCGAUCACCUUCAUGAAGCUGAAGAAGCCGUUGCUACGGCUCUCUGUCUGCAUUGGCAACUGGGUGUUCACUGUUUUUUUUUUCGCGUGCAGCGUUUUCGACGCCAGUUUCUCGGCUUGGCAAGUGGCCAUUGCUCAGUUGGUCAUCGAUCUGGUCACCAUCUACUUCUGCCUCAUUCAGGUGAUGUGGGCGUUGAAGAAGCCGGGCCCCGGUAGUGGAAAGGCGGCGCUCCACCCGGUGAAGAAAAGAGCUUUCCAAACGGUUCUUGGCAUGUUCGUCCUAGUUAACGUGCACUACUUCUUACCAAUAAUGAACUAUGCCGCAUACGCGGCAAACAAAAAUUCUGACAUUAAAGAUCGGUCCCUUACAGUAUCGACCAUUUCCGCCACCGUCUUGUCCCUGGCUAGCUGCGUUCAGCCCUUGUGCUAUCUGGUCAGGGUGAAAAAGUUGCCGUUGCUUUCGACUUGCCGGAAAUAA